UCGACAGUGGGAAUUCACUAGCCAAGAACUAGUUUCUCUUGCUUCUUUCCUCAUCUUGUCCUCUUCAUCAUAUAGCCUCUUUCAUUUCCGGUUGAUCCAUGAUGAGCCAUUCUUCUCAUCUUUCUCGGCUUAAAUCUAAAGUUCGUGUUGAUCAUCGCGUCGUGCUCCCUUUUCUAACGUAUUAAGAAAGAGAUCAAGGACUUUGAUUGUUUGAUUGGGUUCUUUUGUGUAUCGUAAAUUCAUUCGGCUAUGUAGUUUCCUGAUAGGGCUGCGGCCUUGGCAUGUUUCAAAGCGAACACAUUCCGGUGGAGAUUCCGACACCCGAAGAAAAAAGAUUCUCCAUUUCUCAUUUUUAUGCUCCUUGUGUUUCUGCACUGUGUGAAGGCCGAGAUACCAAAGAAACCUAUUAUUGUUGUUUCCCUCUUCUUCCAUUCGGAUGACUGUUUGCGUGAGAAAGCACUUUUGCUUGUUUCCUAGGGUUUGCUCAUGCAUCCUCCAUAUGCUUCCAACAUGAACUAGAGAUUUUAAGAGGAUUUCUUUUUCUUUUCUGGAAGCGACUACGCGCUGUUCCUUCUCUUUUACGAGAACAGAUACAACCAGGGAGAUCCAUGUUCUUCUUCUUCUUCUUCUUCUUCUUCCAUUAUCCUUCCCAAGUCCUUUGGUCUGACCAAUAAGAGUUCUUCCUUCUUGUAUUCAUCUACUUGAAGGCGUUUCAGACUUGCAUCUUUGAUUUCUGACAUCCCACUAUAGCUGUUGUAGAUAAAGUUGCAGCGCAGCAUGUGGGCUUGUUUCCAAGGACAGAAUCAUUCAUGACUCGGUUUUCUAAAUGCAUGAUGCAGAAAACUACAAGUACAGAGAAGGGAAUAAAGGAAAUAAUAUAUUCACAUGGCAAUGGGCAGCCGUGGGCCGGAGGAAGUCGUGGCAUGUCCCAAGACCCAGCAGCAGCAGCAGCAGCAGCAGCAGGAUAGGAAGGCAAGGCCUCAUCCGGAGCACGCCCUGCAGUGCCCCAGGAGGUAUUGGACUCAGGGAGGCUCCCUCAGGAAUGUUCCAGUGGGAGGUGGCUGCAGGAAGACCAAGAGAUCCUCCUCCUCUUCAUCCAAGAAGGCAGCCCCGUUCCUCGUCCCUCCACCCCUUUCACAUGAUCCGAGUGACGACCUCACGAGUCUUCAAAAGCCACUGCCGAUGAAGCAGUUUGGUUCGGAUCAUGAGAAUGGCCAUAACUUUCUCGUAGGGAACACAAACACCGACCCGUUUUCUUUCCUCGUAAACGAUUCUGACCCAAUGCCAUCUGCUCCAACCGCAACGAAAGGCUUCCUCGACUACCUAAGAAAUGGCUUGGUCGACAUCUCAAGCCCGAGCAGCUUUAGCAACAUCGACUAUGACUACGGCCUUGGAACCAGUGGCAGCUGGGGGAUGCCAACCGGUGCAGGGCUGAGUGGUGCAACGGCAGGCACGACGACUUGCCAAGGGUCAUGCAAACCUAUGGACGGAGGGGAUGGCCACGUAGAGAUGAGUCUUCUAUGGCAGGAUGGAUCCAUGGAUUCAGAAAGAGAUUACUGCUGGAACGGCGUCGGUCCUUCUUGGCAGGGACUAAUCAAUAGCUCCUUGAUGUAAGGUGCCAUAUUUAUGGCUAGCUGUUGUAUUUUUGUUCUGCAAGCUGUUCGACUCUCUCAUGUAUCUUCCCAUCUCCUCUCUCGUUUCCCUUUAUAUUAUUUUAUGGGAGUGGUGACCUCAAAAUUAUAUGGAGAUCAGUUUGCAGUCA